GUGAAAGUUCGGCAGCGCUGGCUGUUUUGCUCAGCCUGGCUCAGUCCAUUUGUUUGUGGCUGUUGUGGUGCUAGGAGGUCGAGACGGCUGCGAAGUGUGUGUGACAUGUGAUAAACCAUUUUCGGCGUGACACCUGUAUGGCCCAGGUUAGAGACCAUAGCCGGUUAGAGCGGUUCACAGACACGAUGGUCUCUCCCGGCGACACCCUGAACAUCGGCAGUGUCCUUUUCCAAGUGGACUGGACAGAACCAUGGCUGAUGGGCCUCAUAACCUUCCACAUUGUGACGCUCAGCCUGACUCUGCUUACUCGAGACAGGGGCAAUGUACAGGCAGGCUUGUUUGUGACAGCACUGCUGCUGGUCUACUUCUCGGAGGCACUCAACGAGCUGGCCGCACGGCAUUGGCGUGCCUUCUCGAGCCACCAGUACUUUGACAGCCAGGGCAUGUUCAUCUCGCUCGUGUUCUCCAUGCCCCUGCUGCUCAACUGCAUCAUCAUGGUGGGUCAGUGGAUGUGGACGUCUGGGAACCUCAUGAUCCGAAUCAAGCAAGCCCAGCUCCGGGAAGAGAUCCGCCGGCAGCGGUCGGCCAACUCGAGCCAUUCCAAGGGGAGCAAGGGCGACUGAGUCCAGUCCGCACUGCCAGCCUGGGGCUACCCUGUGGCGCUUGGAAAAGCAGGGUGGUUGCCCCCUACUGUUGCAUCACCACCGCACUCUUCUUGACCCCAGUCUCGACCUGUCCCAUGGAACUUUUGUGUGUGACUGCAACGUGUUGCCUCGAACAAGCACACAUGUAGUGCGGCAAAAGCGCAGAAGGUGUGACGGACGUUGAAGUGGUGCUCACCGUUGCCGAUCAUGAAAAGUCGAGUUGUGGUUUCAUGCUGGUGUGUCUUCUGCCAUGUGGCAUUCAGUGUAAUGUUGGGAACAUUUUUUGUUGGUUGUGUUCGUAAUCGUGGGAUUUAAUUUCUCCUGCUUUUUUACUUUUCCGCAAUGUUUUGAUGCAAUGCACAUUGCCACAAAAAAAAAUCUGCAGUUUCUUUUAUCUUUCGUCUUAUAUGCUGCGGACGUGCCGAGCAUUGCAGUGACGGAAAAAAAAGAGUAGCGCUCUCUGGCUAUUGGAGUUUUUGCCAUCUGCCCAGCAGAGCUGAUUUUAGCCACAAAUCUCAGUGACAGGCUGACACAAUGGGCAGCCUUUUGCUUGCAUUCAACACUUCGUUAUAUUGGUAUUAAUGUAAUGAAAGAGGUACAUUUUUUCCCCUUCCCGUUGGUUUCCAGCCAAGCUUGAGAAAGUCUUGUCAUUCUGUGGCUCUUGCCUCUUGAACACUUGAACCACUUCUGACCGUGUUGUGAGCAUAGGACUGCGUAACCUCGGCUAAGCGGAGGCCUUCAUUGUUGGCUCGUGGACAGCUAAUAAAAUUUAAUGUUGUCGGGAACCUUUUUGGUUGUAAAAUAAUAUUGAAAGGUUUGCCAGCCCAUGAAUACAUUAAAGGUACCUGAACCAUACUUUGGGUUUGGCGAAUAUAUACAUUCCGUGGGUGGAGCAUGGAGACACCUCUGCCAAGCUUUUGUGCUUGUAUGUGUAGCUCAUAAGUGGAAUUUAUGCGCCGAGGUAUUUACCCUCGCAUUAAAAAAAAAAAAAGUUGAAUUUGAAUUUAGCUACCUAGGAAGGCUUCUUCUCAACUUCUUUGGAACCGCUGGCUGGCUGUGAAUCGGCAUUACCUGGCAGCAGCCCAUAGUUGCCAGCUAUUGGGUGAUUGCUUAGACGAUGCUGGUAUGGAAUUUGCACAACUAUACUGAAAGUUGCGGACCCCACUUAGCUAUAUCACAUCUGAAAUCUGUUCAAUCAAAUGGAACUGGUCACAGUAAACGAAAACAUUGUUUCGAAUUAGGUUGAGGAUGGCGCACUUCUUGGUCAAGACUACACUUGAACAAAUCAGGAGCGGCACUCAUUAUUGUUUUUAUGCUGACAUAGGACCUGAUUGGUUUUGAGUACCAAUUUGUUGUGCUGAAGCGCACGUAGUCUCGUCGACCCUUCCAUGUUCAUAACGGUGGGAACUGCAGUUGACGCAAGCUUUGUUAGAGACUUGGCUUGAAAUGCACCCAUUGACCCUGGCUGCCAGCUGUGACCCCUUUGUUCUUGGAGUUGGUGGGAGCCAUACCUCAACAUAGCAGGAGUUCUUGGGUCCUGCGGGAACCCUUUUGAAUUGUUUCAGUGGAGGCUACCUACAAACAACUGGAGGUAUAGAACUGGCGGUCGACAUGCUUCAGAUUGAAAUAAGUUUAACCUAGGUGGAAUGGCUACUGGCCUCGCCCCCACUGAGGUAGACGGUUGAGUUGAGAAGGAAAAGGGCACUUCGAUGUUGCCAUUUCAACUUCUGCACUUGAAUCCUUUUGUUAAAUUCUUUCUGAACUAUAUUCCUCAAAGGGCACCGUGCUCACUCCAGGGUGUUUAGCACAUUUCAUGGAAGUGUGUUUGGGACAGCAAUGCCUUGAUCUGUGAGUUGGUUCAUCUUGCUGGCAGUGUUCUAAUAGCGCAAAAGUUGAGGACGAAAAGGAGCACCUACGGCAAACAGAUGCCAACUUCGAGCUAGUGUUUGUUUCAAAAAUACCAGCUAUCUUAAACACGCUGCGCGGUGUGUCUGCCAUUUUGCCAUUUGCGCUGUUAAAAUGCUGUCGGCAAUGUGUUUGGGGUCUACCAUGAACGAGAAAGAGGUGUCGCAUCAUUUUGAAAAAUGCCUUACUGAAAAUGAAAACGCAGUUUGAAAUGCCUCUGUUGUGGACAGAGUGCACAAACAGCUGUGCAGUUCUGUUCUCUUCCGCUGAAUCUUACUUUUUCCAAUUGAUUGGCCCUUGUACUGUGCUUUGAUUUUCGUUGUGACCUGUUAAAAGAAAGAAAGAUUAGAAAGCCUCCAUUCCUUUCUCAUGCUCAAAUCUUGUGCAGAGAAGCACCUCUCUUUGAAAUCUGUAAAUGUUGAAGCUGUGCACGUUUCUGCCAUGUGGUGGGCCACCAUAAAAUUCCAGGUGGCAGCAGCAUGCUCGGCUUAAUCCUGCUUAAUCUCCUGCUUAAUCUUAAUGUGCCCAGCAUAUGAUAUGCGAUAGCAUCGGUCCAGGAUGCUCAUCGCUUUGAGUUUUCAGUUGUGCUUGAGCCUUGUGUGUACGUGCAUUGCGAGCAGUGCGAUUCAGAAUAUUGAGGAUGUGGGAUGAACUCUGGAGUGCUCACUUCAGAGCAGUCCACAAUGGGAAAGUGUGUAGGAGAGAACUGUGAUAUCUGACAUGCAGCCUGUGAGUGAGGAUGUUCUCGGAGACUGCAUGGGUGUGCGUGGGUGGCGAGCGGUGCUUAUUCCUUUACUUGCCAGGGACCUGUCUUGCUGUCUUGUCUAUUUCUGAGGUAAAUUGAUCUGUGUCCUGUCGAGCAGGCAUCCCGUGUGCUUCAUGUUCCCCAUCUUGCUGCGAGAGAGCUUAGCUGGCAAUCAACUUUCUGAGCUUUGGCCACCAGCUAAUGUGGCUUCGUUCACUUCUGACCUGGUGUUGCACACAGUUGGUGUUAACUUAUUUGAAAUCAGUUAGCCAUCAUUUAAAAUUUACUAGAACGCAUGAAAAAUUGGUGGAAGUUUCUUAAUUAUUCAAUAUUGAAGAGUUCAACAGGAAAAAGGAUCAGACAUGGUAAGCAAGUACUUUUAAGGCUUCAAACAUGAAUAGAUGUAGCUAUGCUGAACAUACAGGAAAGGCAGGUAUACUUGGGCACUCAUUUGUGUUGGUAGCAAAAACUUAUUGAAUACUUUUAACAAGCACUGUCUUGUGGUUUAGGAUGUGCCAGAAGGUUCGUGUGAAGAAAUUUUCUUUGCAAUACAUCACUGUUGCCAUUUAAUAUUCUGGUAAUCAAGAUUCAAAAUCUGCUGAAAUCUGAUAAAUAUUCUCAAGUCUGCAAAAAAAAAAAAAAAAAACAGUGUGCUAGGGUUAACAAAAAUCUGCUAUUCACUAAAAGCUUAUCUUUGCCACUGGACUGACCAUAAUUAUCUAGAUUUGUUGGAAAAAGUCUUCUAAGUAGCACUUCAAAUUGAAAGACAAGAGGUGAUUGUGUGACAUGUGUAUCUUGUCUUGUGUAGGAUCAUUCCAGCUAGCCUUGGAACAGUGCUGAAGCGUUAGAUGUGUAGCCCCAUCUAGUGCAUGUUUCUUGCAUUAGGAGCAUACAUGGUAGGUGUGCCUCCCUAGCAAAGCUACAUUCGUGCUCACGCUCUCUGGUACAGUCAGUGCAGCAUUGCCCCAUCCAACUUGUUCGGUUGGCGUAACUUGCACAAACACCAUCAGCUGUGGUGACCUGUAGCAUUUUUGCCUCAAGAACCCCCCAUUUCAACCGCCUGCCAUUAGUGCAAGGUGUACUUUCCUCUAAUGGACUGCCUAUGUCGUGUGCUCAGGGCAUAAGUAAGUGACACAGUUUGUCUAGGUAAAUGAAUGCCCUCUUCCGUAUUAUACUUGCUGUCUAGCCUCUUGCUAUCAUCUUUAGACAGUCUUGUAGCUGUGAUAUGCAUACGUCUCUAGAGAAGCGCGCACAUGCUUCCUCUCUUGCGAAGCACUGAGGCAGCACUUUUUUUUGUAGAGUGGAGGCCUUGCCCCAAAUAUACAUAUAUUUUUUGUGGU